AUGCCCCUCACCUGCUGCAGUACCCCAUAUCCCCCAAGCCUCGCACUCGCACACCCCAUCGCCGUCCUCCAAACCCCCAUUCCCUUCCCAAACACCGAGGUUCGAUUCGUCAGCGCAGAGAAGGAGCGCAUCGUAUUCUUCGCCGAGUCCCGGAAAGCAAGCGUGUGUAUCGAGGAGGGGAAUAGAAGGGAGCGUGUUGCGCGGAGCAAGGCUGAGGAGGGGAUCGAAGGUCGCAUUAUUGGUGUAUCGGUAUUUUGCAGAGUUUGGAUAGAGUAAGGGAGGACGAUUGAGUGGUUUGGACCCUGGUGGGGAAUGUGAGCGUUGUGGUUUGAAUGAUGAUGGGUUGCAGGUCAAAUUUGGUGGUGACUAG